AUGCCAGGAAGAAAAGUUUAUGUUGUUGGCGUCGGCAUGACAAAGGUGAGUGAUGAGAUAAGUUUUGUCUGUAAAUCAGGACCAAUUUGAAGUUACGUAAACUGUCAUGAUCCAGCGGCCAUGAUGAGUCAGCUGGCGAUCAAGUGAACCAGAUUGAACCCUAUAGUACUUUACAGUGAAACUAUAUUUUCUAGUUUGAAAAGCCUGGCCGACGAGAAGAUUUUGAUUAUCCUGAUAUGGCUAAAGAAGCAGGUUUGUUAAUUUCUUCCUUUUUUUGUAUUUUAUACACCGUAACCAAUUUAGCAUUGAAAUUGACGACCUUUAACAGCUUAUAUAUUUUGUACUUUCAAUGACAAAAUUUCAAUAUUUCUCCACUAGUCAUCAUUGUCAUUAUUGAUAAUAAUCGUAGCAAUAGAAUUCACACAUUUUCCUUGUUUAGGAUGUCAAGCCCUUAAAGAUGCAGGUUUGGACUACAGCAACAUAGAACAAGCUGUUGUUGGUUACUGUUAUGGUAAGAAUGUAUUAUGGGCCAUUCCAUUAAAUAGCCACCCCUAUGGAUGAGGUUAGUUGACUUUUUGCGUCCUAAGAAAAAAAGAACAAAAGUAAACAGAGUCCCUGAGAAAAUAGCCCAAUAUAUUCCCCUUCAGAGAAAGGCAAUUUUUUUCUCAUACCGCACACUAGCUGACACAGCCGCUCCCUGAGAAAGAAGUUUCAAAGCCUUCCUUGGAAGAUCUCAUCCAUGGGGGUGGGGGGCGGGGAAGGGGGUGGGGGUUGGGGUGGAUAGUAAAUGGAUGGCCCCACGUAAUUAUACAUAGCAAGAGUACUUUACUUGGCACUGAUUGCUGUGAAGAAUAAUGGACCGUUUUUGAAUAUGUGUAACUUGUGGCCUGCUUUACAGAUAUAAUUUAACCUCAGUAACAUCUGUGAAGCCUACUGAGAUCCUUGGUCUGUGCCCCACUUACUGGACGUGCAUUUUGAAUUUCCUUUCAUAGACGCCCUAUAAGGGUAAAUUUUGACACUUGAGGGACAUAGCCUUGAAACAGCGACAUAGGGCAGGAGAAAUGCUGAUAAAUGACACAAAGAUGGGUUGAAACUGUGACAGCGACGAAAAAAGUGCAAAUACAAUGGUAAAAAAUCAACAAUGACAUGGCUUCCUCCUCAAUAUGUGAAACGACAGGUUUUGAAAUUCAAACUGGGGACAUUCAUAACCCCCCCCAAGAGGGCCUUUUCAUACUGAUUAGCAAAUCAACAAUGGCUUUUUUAACAGGCCAAUCAUGGCACAUGCUCAAAUCCUGGUACACAGUUGGGGGCCAGGUUUAGUUCUAGUAACUUAUACUAGGGUAUAGGACCCAUCUCUUUUCUGAGGUAUUCCUCAAGUUAAGAAAUGUAAUAUCAAGUUUUGAGUGGGCAGCUGCUUUCAGAAAUAACAUUCUGGCAUAUUUUAGGUGUCCUUGGUUUCCCAUGCUCACUGUAAUUAAAUACAUGCAUUUUUAAUAUUUAUUUAUUUAUUUGUUGUAUGAAGGUGAUUCAACAUGUGGUCAGAGAGCUCUUUAUCAACUUGGCCUUACUGGAAUUCCAAUUUACAAUGUAAGUUUAUGGUUGCUUAGUAUCAUUUAUGUUGCAACUGCAUGUAUGAGUUAAAAAAAAAUUGCAAGAUACUGUAAAGCAACUGAGAGAACCUUAAUGCAGUAUUUUUAGGCGAAUGUAAUUUUUUAAGCCGUCUUUCUAUUACACAUUGUAUUAAUUGCCCUAAUUAGCAGACACUUUUGUGCCAUUAGAAAAGGUCUUUUAUGCAGCAAAUUGUCUUAAAUAUUACCAUUACAGCUUAAGCAAUCCCACUUAUUGAUGUUUAACAGCUGGUGUGGUCAUUAAAAAGUAAUAAUAAAUAACAAAACAAAAGCAACAACAAAAGGCAAAAACAAUACUUAAAUACUACUGAGUGGUUGGUGGGUGAUUUUUGACAUGUUUUUUUUGGAAUUGAGCAGAAUCAGCAGAGAGGAAAAUCAUGAAGACAUCUUGAGGCAGGGAGUCCCGCAAGGGGUGUAGCCAGCCCUUACACCUGUAGGCCCAGGCCUGACAAAUUUUUGGUUUGAUCACUCUACCCCUUGUAAUUUUAAUUAUGUGUUUUGUGGGGUAAGCUAAAUAAGCUUAAGAGCUCAAAGUGUUGGUGAGGUCAUUGUGUACUAGUCAUGCAUGCAAUUUUCACGGCAGGAUAUGUGGAAAUGAAAGUCAGCCAGGCCUACAACUAGUCAAAAAACUGGCUACAACCCCUCACUGAACUAUAGUUCUAGGAUAAAAAAAAAUAGCAUGCAUGACUAGUACAGUCAUGCAUGAAAUUUUCACGGCAGGAUAUGUGGAAAUGAAAGUCAGCCAGGCCUACAACUAGUCAAAAAACUGGCUAUGCCCCUCCACUGAACUAUGGUUCUAGGAUAAAAGGAGAGUCUUUGAUGUCUGCUUCUGUGGGUUGGUGAACACAGAUUGCCCCCUGGGUUCAGUUGCAACUUAGUUAAGUCUGGAAAAAGUUUGCAUCCAAACGUCUGUAAAAACCCUUAGUAAUUACCAUCAUUGUUGAGCUCUUGCAUACAUGUGUACAUGUCAGGUCCCUAAUGUUUAUAGUCAUGAGCCACUCGUUACAGACUGACCAGUGCUGAUAAGUCGAUCUGAAUUAGCCACUUCUAGCCAUUCUGGUCAUUGUUGUUUUUAUGCAACCUUUUUGCUGCAGGUAAAUAAUGCAUGUUCUAUUGGUUCCAGUGCACUGUAUUUGGGAAAGCAGUUGAUUGAAGGAGGUAGACAGGCAAAUUAAGUUUUGUACACUUUUUUUAAGUUCUUUAAUUUUUAAAUGCAGCAUUAUCGAAGUUGUCAGUUCAUUGAUCAGAAUUGCAACCUAAAGAUCUAGAGCUGAGUUUAAGUUCUUCUUAGUAUGGGUUACUUGCUAGAGUUCAUAGGCUUGUACUCCCAGUCAAUUUCAAAAUGAUACCAGCCUUGUAAAACCAUUUUGUUUAAACGGACAGCUGAACAGAGACUUGGAGUCAAAAACAGAAAUGAACUUAACAGGAAUUUAACUGGAAUGGUUUCAUAUGUUCAUGUAGCUCAGUCUUUAAGUCAGUGUCAGUGGAAAGUCAGUCAGUGAAAGCAGUUUUGGUGUUCUUUAUACAACUGUACUUUUAGUAAAUCUUAAUUAUAAGUAUUGAUAAUUUUAUACAUCUUUUAAAUGUUGUUUUUAUGUACAGGUAUAUCAGACUGUGUUCUGGCCUUGGGAUUUGAGAAAAUGGAAAGGGGGUCUUUAGGAACAAAGGUUUGUGUCAGUUUAUACCUUUUAAUCAUACAGCAACUGUUUUUGAUGUAUGUGUUGUGUACUAAAGAGGGAAGCAAUCUUGAUGUGCCCCAGAUAGAGGCCAUUUAUAACUCUUUGACUCAUGAGCAAUUAAGUAUUAUGCAGGCAUGUCUUGUGGGUUUAUGAAAUCCUUGGUAUAGUACUUAAUUUAGAUCAAAGCUCUCCAGAAUUACGGUGUUUUUGUAUUAAUAGCAUGAUGUGUUUUUCACAAAUAGCCGUGGUUAUGUUGUACAUUAACAUCUGAGACGUUUAAGUCAUCUGGCAUAAAAACGGGACACAUUAAAGUAGAUGAAAACUUUGAAAAGUAGAGUUUUCUGAAAAAAGACAAAACAGUGACUCUUUCCAGUUGUUUCUGGACAGAUUGGGCAUAUAUACAUCCCAGUUUAAGAUGUCCUGUUUUUCUACUAGAUGCAUUUUAAUAACGUCUGAGGUGUUUAACCCUGUUAUCCAUAAUGACUGUGCGCUCCUUGUCAUUAAUUAACAUGCAAUCGUAAUUUUUUUCUCAUAGUACAGUGACCGGACACCACCAAUGGACAAACACGUAGAGGUGAUGAUUAAUAAAGAAGGACUUGCUGCAGCACCUUUAACACCUCAGAUGUUUGGUAAUGCUGGCAAGGAACACAUGAAAAAAUAUGGUGAGAUAAAUUAUAUGUAUAUCAGGGUGAGAUGAAAAAUAAUAAUGAUAAUAAAAAAUAGCUUGGCUAUUUGGGCAAGCUGCUGUUCAAUUUUACUAUCCUACACAAGUCAUGUAGCCUGUAGAGUAUUCAGUAACUUGCUGGACCCCCCUUUUUACUAACAUUUUGAUUUGGCAAAUUUUUGCUUGCCCAUAGGACAACUCAUACGUAAAAAAUGCUACAUGUAGCCUGAUGGGUUGUUCCAUUAUCUCUGGGCUAUCAUACAGCACUUUUGUCACAUCCUGUGUAUGAUAUCAUAGUGAAGCUCUAUGCGGCAAAGCUGUGCAUGCCAGAGCAACCCCGUGGAGGUACUCUAGGAUUUUUCGGAUUUGCCACUGGUAUCCUGGUAUACUUAGCCUGUACCAGACCCAGUUUUGCUACCCUAUACAAGACUGAACUCCAUAACCCCUCCUUACUUUAGAAUCGGUAGUUUUCGGAAAGUAAAAUGUACUGAGGCAAUCUUGCUGGUCACUUCAGCCAAAACAUUGCUGUUGUGGUUCAUUCUCUUCACCCAAGGAAACAUGGAAAGCUGCAAAAACCUGGAAGAAAAAUUUGUCUUUUAAAUCGGUGCUCUUGAUCCCCAAGAAAUCAAGGCACUUAACACAUGUACCUCCAUGUAUACUUUCAUUGUUCUCAAAUCUUUAUCCAUGUUGUAACAGGAACCAAGCCAGAUCAUUUCGCCAAGAUUGCAUACAAGAACCAUCUUCACUCAGUGGACAACCCGUAAGUAGGAAUAAAAAAAGACUGUUGUUGGCUAGGCUGUUAAACACCUAAUGAUAAUGAUCCCAUCGCUUUCAUCUUUUUACUGCUGGGAUGUAGCAAGCCUUUAGAAAUUAGGGGGGUGCAAAGGUUUUAGGUACAUUGUAGCUCAUUGUAUUUGAAAAGCAGAGGGUUUUGGGUCCAAAGGACCCAUUGGACUGGUCACUGUAUCUUAAAACCAGAAAACGUUUUUCCUAGCUGCAGGGACAUGAUUGUUUCAAUUUUCUGGGAGAUGAAUUGUUCUUUUCAACUUUUAUGCAUGAAUGUUUUGACUUUUGGGUCAGAAAACUGGGGCAUGGCCGGGAGAUUUGAUGAAAAACUUGGAGACUCCCGAUAAAAGAGUUGGCAGGCAUGUAGUAACCAUAGUCGUUGAUAAACUAACAAAACAAGUGAAUGCACUUUAUCAGCUAUAAUAUUUUCAUCUCCACAAUGUUGCAGCUUGUCACAGUUUAGAACAAAGUACAGUUUGGAAGACAUAAAGAACUCUAAAAUGGUAUUUGAUCCACUUACCAAACUACAAUGCUGGUAAGUGAAAAGAAUAUUAUUAUGUAAUGAUAAUGAUUGAGAUAACGAUAACCAUAUUGAUAAUGAUAACGAUAACGAUAAUGAUAUUGAUAAUGAUAGCGAUAACGAUAAUGAUAUUGAUAAUGAUAGCGAUAACGAUAAUGAUAUUGAUAGUGAUAACGAUAACGAUAAUGAUAUUGAUAAUGAUAGCGAUAACGAUAAUGAUAUUGAUAAUGAUAACGAUAACGAUAAUGAACGUGUGCCUGGGAGGCUAUCAAUGCUUCUAGUGCCAGCAAAUACAUUGACUCUUGAAUAAAACAGGCUUUUUAAAGUGAGAAUUUUUUGUAAAUAGUUAUUUGUAUUUAUUCAUUUAUGAACGCAUCAUAUCAGUCCAACAUCAGAUGGCAGUGCAGCGGCUGUGUUGGCCAGUGCUGAGUUUGUUAAGAAGCACAACUUGCAGGACAAAGCUGUUGAAAUCCUUGGAAUGGAGAUGGCGACUGACCUCAGUAGCACCUUCAACGAAAACAGCUGUAUAAAGCUGGUGAGUGGUUUAACAGUAAAAACCCGUGAGAAAAAACCUGCAUUUUCCCAAGUUAGCCUACAUAGGCGGCGGCGGGGGGGGCACGUUUUGGUGCGGAAAAACACUUUUACUGAUGUAUUGACAAUACCUGUGACAUCGCCGACUUCAGAGCGCACAUUUUCCGCUCUCAGGCGACUCAAGAACUACCUAAGAACCACAAUGAAGCAGGACGGCCUGAACAACUGCCACACACUAGACACUAUGACCUCACUACGGCCCUCCCUCCGUCUGAAUAGAAUUAACACUGUGUGCUAUACUAUUGAACUGCUCUACCCCAGGUAGGCAGCUUUAGAUUCUGUUGAUGUGACGGUGGGAAUCCUAAAUUAUUGACUUGAAUUGCAGGUUGGUUAUGACAUGACUAAAACAGCUGCCAAGAAAUUGUUUCAGAAAACUGGUAGGCUUGUUAGACACGUAUUGCUCAUAGAAACAGUCUGACCUCUCGUUACACAAUAAUGUUGUAAGCCUUUUUUUUUUUUAGAAGAACGUGUUCGUCUGUUAGCGUGCAACAGAAUUAAGAACCGAACGAAUCGCCGCGGUUGAAUCGUCAAGGUUGAUGAAAUGUGUUCGUCGUUUGUCUCAGCUUCAUCAGAAGAGAUUUUCCCAAAGUUUGUCUUACUACAACGAGACAUGCCACUUGCGAAAAAGGGGGAAUUAACUUCACAAUGGAACCUCGAGGAAUGAUAAAAUGUACCAGAGACUUAUCAAAACCUUUUAAAUCAAAAGCCAGUUUAUCUAAAGAAAGCACUCUGAUUAUGUACAAUGUACUUUAUUUACCAAGGCAUUACACCUAAUGAUGUCCAAGUAGUAGAGCUGCAUGACUGUUUCUCUGUCAACGAGCUGCUUACGUAUGAAGGACUUGGAUUGUGUGCUGAAGGUGAGUCUGUAUUUGUUUGACAUCGAUAAUUAGAGUGGCAUUUAUUGAUUUAAUGUUUUCUUCUUUUCUUUUUUUUUUGUUUUAUGGAGAAAGGAGAAUUUAACGUUCUUAAAUCAAUAAGUACUGGAUUCGACAGUGAAAAAUCGACCAAGGGCCAAGGGACUGGCACUAUUUGUUUGCUAUUACGAGGUUUCGUUAUAUCGAGGUUCUUUUCCAUAUACCAUUGCUGGGUAGAGAAAAUUGCUCGUUGUAACGCGGGCUUCGAUAUAUGGAGGUUCGUUAUAUCGAGGUUCAACUAUACCUUGUAUUGAAACGUCAUGCAAUAGGACUGCCGCCGCCUGGAAUAAGGCCUUAGUACUUGUUUAUGGCGGGGAUCAGCUUUAGGUUGCUAAACUAAAAGGGAGCACCUGCCUAAUUGGUGAAGCAUUUGUUUAAAAACAUGGGAUGGUUAUGAUUUCUGGAAUUCGUUUUAGUGCCCAUGGUCUCCUCUCAGUUUAUGAGCUAUUGUUCUUAACACUAGGCUUAGGGAGCUUAGGCAACGGCGACGAGAACAAAAAAACAAUAGGUUGAUAUUAGCUAAACAACUUUGCACGUGCAUCACGUUUGCACGUGCAUCACGCUUUUUAGUACAUUUCUUUGCCGUCGUUGCACGACUUACGACGUGAAACGGCCUAGUUUCACGUUUUGUGUGGGACGUGAACAUAAGAAAACGAUUUUCUUUUCCUUUUCCUGAACUCUGAUACAGUCCUUUAGAAUUAAUCUCCAGAAAAAUUCG